AUGGCAAAGAAAGCUACCAAGACGUUGGCCGCCUCCAACACCAAGCGCCUCAACCAAACCCUUUACACAACGCUUGCCGUCCACGGCCUCUGGUGGCUCCUGCGUGCGCUGAUUUUCCGUGCCUCUCUAUCACGUAAAUCGCUGCUCGUCUAUGUUCUCCUCUCGGCUCCCCAGCUCCUCAUCGAGCUCUACUUCGAGCGACUCUCCCGCCCCACCCUUACUGCCGAUGGCGGCGUGCAGCGAGCUGGCGAGGACCUCGAUGCAAAGGGCUUGACCGAGUACAUGUGGGAUGUUGUUUACUGGACCUAUGGCUGCAUCACCAUGUCGGCUAUUCUUGGCGACUACGCCUGGUGGUUGUGGGCAGUCAUCCCCGCCUACAGCGGCUAUGCCGCUUGGGGCAUGUACACUGGCAUGAGGGGUGGAUAUCAGGACGCAGCUGGUGUACCCCAACCACAAGCAAGCAAGAGGCAGGCCAAGAUGGAGAAGCGUGGUGGACAGAAGAUGCAAUACCGCUGA